GUGUCCAGCAGGAUCUGCGCUCAAACUCCGCUUCCGCGCAUGCGCGAGUCUGAACUGAUAACGGAACAAUAACAAAUUAGCGGAACUCACCAAAAAACUCCGUCAGUGUGGAUCUGACACCAGCAUCAUGUCUGGAAACUCUUUUCCAGAUCAGUCGAGUGGAGAGGAGGCGUUUGGAUCUGAGGAGGAGGAAGAGUGCGACAGAUCGGAGCUGAGACUUGUUCUGAUUGGCCGCACAGGCUCAGGCAAGAGCGCCACAGGAAACACCAUACUAGGACGAUGUCACUUCCUGUCCGCACUGAGGGCGGGUUCAGUGACACACGUGUGCGAAUGCGGCCACACGGAUGAAGAGUCCAGUGGGACGACAAAGAGCAUCUUCAUCGUAGACAUGCCAGGAUUCGGCGACACCCGACUUGACGCGACUAGCGUUAACGCAGAAAUCGUGAAAUGCAUUGCGCUCACGGCUCCCGGGCCACACGCCUUCCUGCUGGUGAUCCCACUCGGACGAUACACGGCGCACGAAGAUCAGGCCGUCGUGCAAAUGCUGCAUGUGUUCAACGAAGAGGCGCUCCGCCACACGGUGGUGCUGUUCACACACGGAGACGAACUGGACGACGGCGGGAUCGAGAGUUUCCUCGAAUCAGCUCCAGAGCGACUGAAGAUCCUUCUGCGCAACUGUGGCAGACGAUACUGCGUCUUUAACAAUCGAGCGCCGGAGAACCGCAUGCAAGUGAACGAGCUGCUAACGAUAGUGGAUAGCAUGGGCGGAGCUUGUUACACCAACAACGUGUUCCUGCACGCUGAUCGUGCAAUACGUGACGAGCAGCAGCGGCGCGGUCGCAGCAGGAGACGCCAGGCCUUGCGAUCUGCACUCAGUCGCGUCCGAAGUGAAGUUGCACUCUCGGGGAAAGUUCUGGAGCGUGUGAAAGCGAUAGUCGUGGGGGGAGCCACCGGGAUGGCAGUAGGAGCUAUUUUCGGAGCCGCAGCUCCUUUGUCAGUCGCAGCGGGAGUCUCCAUGAUGGGCGGCGGAUCGGCGGUGGGAAGCGCAAUAGUAGCGGCCGCUACCGGAAAGAGCGCGAUGGCUCUGGGAGCAGCGACAGGUGGUGUUUUGGGAGGAUCGGUGGGAGCGCUAGCAGGCGCAGAGGCCACGGGAACGAGAGAGGCGGCACUGGAAGCAAUGCAGCAGGUUGGUGUAGUUGGCGCUGCGGUGGUGGGCGUGGCUGCAGGAGUGGGUGGGGCCGUGGGGGCGGGGUCAGCAUUGGGGGAGGUGUUACAGGGAGUAGCAAUAACUUCUGGUGAUACGGUUGCAUCAAAUGUGGUGGUUGCCGCGGGUAACGCCAGCGUGGGAACAACCGCGCGCAUCCUGAGCACCGUCGGCGAGAUCGGAAGAGCGGCGGCGGGAAUCGCGCUGGCCGGAGGACUGGUGAUCCGAGUGGUGAAGGAGAAAGUUCAGUCCGCUUCAGAAAACAUCUACACUGAACGCAGCUCCUACGAGAUCCACUGGAACAAGUGAGCGGUGCAGAGCGCAGUGCUAACGUUUACGAUUGCGUUUAAUCAUAUACCAACUUCGAAUCCUGCACUGAUUAUUGCGUGCUACAUCAGCACUUAUCGUCAUUGCACUGGGUGACUAAUGCUUUUGAUUCAGAUUUAUACGAAAUAAAGAUUAUUUGAUGUGUUUGGAAUUUUUUACCAGUUUAUACUUUUUAAUAGAAACCUGCGCAGUGACGAAGCUCAUUUACAAUUAAACAUGCCGCUAACUGAACAAACAUUUAGUGCUCUUAAAACUGAACUGGUUAGUAUUGCUGUGUGUUUAAAUGGAUCCUGACGUGUGUGUGAUGAUUGAGUUUGGACUGGUUUCUUGAGAUCAGUACAUGUGAGUUUCACUGGACACUGUGUGUGUGUGUGUGUGUGUGUGUGUGUGUGUGUGUGUGUGUGUGUGUGUGUGUGUGUGUGUUUUCUGAAGCUGUUGAAC